ACCAAUUUUUAUUGGCUCUAAGGUCAAUGUGGGUGGGCAGAAGUUUCCAGAAUCUCGUGGUGUGGUCUUUGACGGAAGAGCUUUCUGAGGAGCUGAAACAAGAAGAAGAUAUACGCUCGACCACCCCAGCAGCAUCAGAGUUUGGUUAGUAACGGAAGAUGGACGGGAGUGUGACAGUCAUCACCAACCCCACCGUGUCCGUGCGCGUGACCAGCACCGUCAGCUCCUUCGAGGUGAACCGGAGAUUCAACCGAGGAAUCACGAUCGCAGAGUUUAAGAGUAAACUGGAGAUGAUUGUGGGCACUCCAGCUGCCUUUAUGGACCUUGAGCUAUUUAGCACUUCAGACAAGUUAUUACAGAAGCUAGAUGACAAUGAAGCGCUGCUCGGCUCCUAUCCUGUGGAUGAUGACUGCAGAAUACAUGUGACAGACCGCAGUGGUACGCAAAGUGGGGAGUUCACUGAUUUGUCAAAGGUUGAGAAAUUUGAGAUCUCUGAUGAAGCCUAUGAAAAAAGGGCAGACUCAAUACGGAACUUCAAGAAGAAUAUGAAGUUAGGUCGAUUUAAUGAGGAAACCAGGGCCAAGCAAGAAGAGGCUCUUGCGAAGAAAGAAGAGGAAGAGAAGGCGGCCGCUGAAGCCAUUGCUGUUGGGAACCGCUGUAAAGUUCAAGUUCCUGGGCAACCUACCAAGAUUGGCACUGUUAUGUUUGUUGGUACAGCAGAUUUCAAACCAGGCUACUGGGUUGGUGUGAAAUAUGAUGAGCCGCUGGGGAAGAAUGAUGGCAGUGUGAAUGGGAAACGCUAUUUUGAGUGUGAGCCAAAAUAUGGAGCCUUCGUCAAGCCCCUCUCAGUAACUGUGGGAGACUUUCCUGAAGAGGACUAUGGUUUGGAUGAGAUGUAAGACUCACCUGAUGAGCAGCCAGAAGAAAGAUCCUCUUUCUUCCAGAGAUUUGACUCCAUGCAGUGAGACAUUGCUGCAGUUAAAGGUUUCUUGUCGUCAAUGCAGAUCAUUUUGUUUUAUGCUGGUCUGGAAGAGAUCAGUGAAAAUUGUAUCUUAAUUUCCUGCAGUCAAACUCGAGGAAUGAUCUUAAACAACAUCUGUGCCCUGGCGACUAGAAGUAACUAGUAAAGUAAAUGUGAGAACACCAGCCGAGGUCAGAGUAAAGAAAAGCAUUCGCUUGCAUGUUGAUUGUUCAUUAUUGAAUUCCAAAGUUCUACAGCUAAUUUGAGCCUAGGCCGAAUCAAUUUACUUCAAACAAAACCAACCAACCACAGCAGAAAAUGUUCUUCACGUUUUUGCAGUUCUAUAAAUGUCAUUUGUACUAAUGAAUUCCUCCUUUUCUGCAGCCGAUUACAUUCUAAUGCCUCAGAAUGGCUGUUUUAGGGUAUCACUCCCUCAUUCUCUGUAAUUGGCACUUUAGCGAUUAGCUCACUAAUGAGAUGUGUAAUGUAUGUAGAAUCCAUGGCCUUGGUUUUUCAAUGGUUCUGUAUUUUCAGUUUAAAUGACAGAAAUGUGUCAAGAAGACAUUGUUUUUUUUGUGUGCGUGUAUGUGAACAUUUUCAUGCAUGUCAAAUUUAAGUUAAUCAGAAAGGCAUAAUGUUUUUAUGGAAUUCUGAUUAGUAAAAUCUGUUUUAAAGAAAUCCAUGUGCCAAUUUUGUCCUACAGACAUAUGUCCAAAUUGUUUUAUUAUUAUUUUUUUACUGCCUUAAUACAUAGCAUGGGACUCAUGUUGCGGUGAAAAACACUGGUAUAGUAUGGCCCGAAAACCUUCAUACCUCACACAAGUGAUGAUAAACAUUUGGUUUUAGUGCACAGCAAGUCAGCAACUUGUAUGAUUUAUAGGAAUGUUAUAAUUUUUAUAGUAGCUUUAACAAAAUGCAUUGUAAAGUAGGUAUUUUGGACACUAGACCAGGGCCAAGCACAAAUGCUGAUGUUGGAUAUAGAGACCUCUUUCUUCCUUAACUCAAUGCUUACGUUAAGUGGGAAUAAAAAUAAAAAACAAUUAAGGGUUUUUGUCUUUGACGCUGUUUGAUAAACUUAAAGUCUUAGUCACCAUUUGCAAUUGAAUUGAUCAUUUAUCAAAAACGUGGCCAUGGGGGUUUCUGGCUCAACUGAUCGUGCCUUAGUGCACCAAAGUUUUUCCCCUCCAGACUGUGAUGCUUUGCAAAAAUAAAACGAGUUUCAAAUCA